AUGACCGACGAAGAAGGUCUGCGUAAAAGACGCAACUAUCAAAGAAUCGCCGAGCAAUCCCGGAGACUUCGAUUGAACUCCGCGCUCAAAGACCUGGAAGCUCUCCUCCCUUCAGACCUUGUUCGUGAAAAGGAGCAGACAGCGUGCGAAACGCUUGAGUCAAUAGCCAAAAAGGACACUAAGAAGGAGGCAAAGAGCAAAAAGCCUUCGGCUGAACAGACUAAGGCUUGUGUUAUGGAGCUUGCUGUUGAGUAUAUUAAAAUGCUGCGCACUAACCUGAACGAGAAAAAUGUGAGGAUGCAAGAGCUGGGCGCCGUUGGCACUAGUAUUCUGCUAUGA